AGCACGACUAUCGAAGCUUUUUUUGUUUUCACGCAAGCUGGUAGGCUGGACAUCACUGGACUGUGGACAGUGUGGACAUGUCAAAGAUUAUGAUAGUGUUGGCAUCGUAACGCAUCGUUCGAUUUGCAGCUGACGAUCUGAUGAGCUGAUGUUAAUCGGAAAGCUGCCAACUGCUAAGUGUCCCAUGAUCGAAUUCAAGACGAGCCGCGUGCGCUUUAACGAGUCACUGUGAAUAAUUUAUUAAUAAUUGACAUGAGUCGUCCAAAUAAUUCCAACAUCGCGGUAUCUCGCAGAUGGUUUCAUCCCAAUAUUACAGGUUUAGAGGCGGAACGUUUGUUAAUGGAACGUGGAGUUGACAGUUCAUUUUUAGCACGACCAAGUUCUUCAAAUCCUGGUGACUUUACAUUGUCUGUUAGACGGAACGGUGAAGUGACUCAUAUUAAAAUAAAAAAUGCAGGAGACUUCUAUGAUCUUUAUGGUGGUGAAAAAUUUGCUACUCUUUCUGAAUUGGUAUCAUUUUACAUGGAUAAUGGUGGACAGUUACGCGAGAAAAAUGGUGAAAUUAUUGAGCUUAAAUAUCCUUUCAAUUGUGCUGAUCCUACGACUGAAAGGUGGUUCCAUGGCCAUUUGUCAGCGAAAGAAGCAGAACGGUUAAUGCUGGAACGUGGGAAAAAUGGAUCUUUCUUGGUGCGUGAGUCUCAAAGUAAACCUGGCGAUUUUGUACUAUCAGUACGGACUGAUGAUCGUGUUACACACGUUAUGAUACGAUCUCAGGUUAGAUUAUAUAAUAAUAUAUAA